CUGCAUGAGCUUGUCAUUGCUGAUUAGAAGGGAAGCAAGGCAGGGGGUUGCAAGUCUGUGUUCUGUCUGUCAGCACACUGCAAGCCCAGGGGAAAGAGAGUAAAGGAAUUAGGCACAAAGGCUAUUUUCAACAUCUUGAAGCCUGUAACAUCAGUGGAAUUCAGAGAACUAGUAUGAAGCCUAAGUUGCCUGUGGAGAGAGAUAAGUACCUCAAACACAUGUUUCAAGGUCCUGUCUUGUUUUUGUGCAAGUUUUUUCCCACAUAGGAUUGAGCCUUCUGUGGAGCUCUGACGCAUGGACUUUUGGUCUGGCUGGUGUCCUUGCCCCUUUGGUAAGUUUUCAGCAGUGCUGUGUCUGGAACGCAAUGCUCUCUCCCACCUGCAGAACUGUGACAAUUUUGCUUACUAAGAGAAAGAGUUUCUUCUGCUCUCAUCUUCUGACAUCUCGUUCUCAUUUAUCUCUUUGUCCUUCUAUUUCGGUAUCUUGGAUAUGGUCCUCUUAACAAAGCAGCCUGUGCUUGAGUUGUGAUAAUGAUAGUCUAACAGUACUAGUUCUCUUGGAUCUGCCAGUGAAUUUGUUUUGUUAAUAAGAUAUUUGCUGUUUAUAGUAAAUUUUAUUUUUUGCUGAAUGAUUUGUCUGCAAAUUGGAAAGACCAGAUAUACAGUGCUUGAGCAGCCAUAUUAAAGAUAACUGCCGAGGGAAAUCACUUGGGAACAAUGAGAUACUACUUGCUCUUCUUACAACCUUCUCCAUCUGAACUCCAAACUACUUUUCUAUUUGCAUUGUUUAAUGGAAGCCACAAUUUUAUUUUUUUUAAUAAUAAUUUUUAAAAAUACUUUAACAGAAGCAACAGAAGACAUAAGGAGGCACGGCUUUGAAGAAUAAUUGCAUUAAAUACACGGCAGCAGGUUGUGUGAGUGCCGAUGUGGUUCUGGGCCUCCAGGGGUUAAAGCAAGGUGUGUGUGCAGGCAAUUCUUGGGGAGGUACUUUGUAUAAAGUUCAGUGGCUGAGGAAUGUCCUGGCAGUCAAGCUUCAUUGCCUGGGAAAAACACAAGGCCAGAUUGACAUUUCAGUAAGUGAUACGAUCUGGUUGGCUUUGCUGGUGCAAAUGAGAGAACUUGACCAGUGCCUUUAAAGGAAGAAUAAAAAUACCUCAUAAAAUUCAGAUUAAGAAGUAUUGUGUUUGCAUGCUGUGGCUGAAAGGAGCAGGAAUAGGAUGGGGAACAUGAAGGGAAUAGCUGCUUUUCCCACUUUGUCUUUGGUCAGCCUCAGUUCAGGAGGGGAUUCUGUAAAGGGUGAAGUUAGCUUUUGCCCUCUGAAAUACCUAAAGGGAGAUACAAUUUGUGCUGCUUCUGGUUAUUUAUUACAAUUCUUUGAUAACUGGGAAUAAUGAUUAAUACAGGCUCACACUCAACAUACAGAUUGUAGGCAACUGGAGUCCCUUACACUGGGAAUUGGCAGAGAAAUCUCUUUGGGUGAUACUGUCCCAACAGCCAGCUCCAUCUCUGGCUAUAUUCCUGCCUGUCCUUGCUCAGCUGGCCAAAUGAGAGAGCUCCUCACCAGAUGCCUAUUUCUUUUCAGUUCUUUGCCUGUCUCCAUUUGGCUCUCCAGCCACCUCUUUUUAGUGUUAUCCUGCUCUAUGCCUGAACCAGCUCCAUAAUGUAUGCUUUGUCUUUUAGCUAGAAAGGAACAGGCAACUUCAUUCAACCAAAUUCCCAUGAAACUGGAAAUUGAUAAGAAAUCUAAACCAAAACCAUCUUUAGGAAACUGCAGCGUCCUCAGAGUCUUUGGAAAUCUGACUAUUUAUUUGGAUAAUGAGGUAUAGAUUUCAGAGUCUGCCUUUAUUCACUCCAGUGUCCAAAUCUUGACCUUAUGUUUUUAGUUAUAUUUUUAUAUUUUAACCAUUUAUUCACAUCAAUCUUUUCAUUUGUGCUUACAGUAAGUGAUUUGAUACCCACUGUUUCUCUGCUGAGACAUCAGUGAAAGCACACUAUCAACACGAGGAAAGAAUUUACAAUGCAAGUUUAAUAAACAGAACAAUUAAGAUCUUGUUUAACCAGGACUAGUGAAUAGUGUUGCUUACUGUACUAGGAGAUACUUUUGUUCAGUUCUCCUGCCUCUUCCUCCACAGAUUGUUGAAGCCUGUUUAUUUCAGCCUGCCUUGUUUUGCGAGAGCUCAUUUGCUUGAGCUCUCAACAGGAACCGAGGUAGAGUUUCAGAGCAUUCGUGGAUCUCUCAUAAUCGUUCAAGACAUCAUCAUUCUGGUGCAGCCCUUCCCCAACAGGCAGCGAGAUUACCAGGUCUUUGUAUAACACACGUAAUAUAAAUUCUGGUUUUUUGGAGCACCUCAGAUGACAUCCUAAAUGGGUGAUUAACUUCACAAUGGCAGAACUCACACUGGAAAAUGGCAGCUGUAUGGACUGGCAAAAGCGAUGCCUUGCGUUGGAGUCCCAGCUCUUCAAAUUCCGCUUGCAGGCAAGCAAGAUCCGAGAGCUGUUAGCUGAGAAGAUGCAGGAAUUGGAACAGAGAGUGAUAGAAGCAGAGCAAAGAGCUGAAGAGGCAGAGAAACAGGUCAGAGUUAUGGAAGAGAAGAUAAAACUAGCCAAUGUGAAGAUUUGUGAAUCAGACAGCACCCUGUACAGGAAAUACCAAGACCUGAUGGGCACAGUGCAAGGAAAAGAGGAUCUGAUCAGCAGAUUGGAGACAGAGCUAGCAAAACAGAAACAGUUGAGGACUGAAGAAGCGAAAAUUGUUCAAGAGAAAGCUGCCAAGAUCAAAGAAUGGGUAACAUUUAAGCUCAGGGAGCUUGAGCUAGAGAAUUACCACCUGAAAACUUGUAAUCAGAGGCUGAUGGAGCAAAUUGAAGCCCUUCAGGAUACGUUGCAAGAUAUGACCAGCAUUCCUCCCUUUGAAUCUCUUUGGAACUGUAGUUCCCUGAAGCCUAGAGCAUCACAGGCCUCUUUUACUGAGAAGAUAGACCAGGAAUCUGUGCUCCUUGCAUCUGGUUUCAGAGAGGUGCGUCAGACAGGACCUACCAAGCAUGUCCUUUCUUCAGCAAAUACAGUCCUUGCCAAUGACACCUUUACUGAGAAUGGAGAGGAUAAAUCUCUGCUUUCCCAGAAUAAGCUGAAGCUUGUGUCUGACCCAUCAAGCUGGAAUCUCUCCACAGAGAAGGAUGUAUUUCCAGCCGUAAGUUCUGAACACAGUUUAGGGUGCUCUGAUCCUGUAUCAGUGGACCCUCCAGCUGAGACCACAAGAAUUCUUGAGGCUUUGACCUUCCAGUCAUCUUUGAAAGAAAACUGUAGUGCUGUGAGCACCUUGAAACAAGUGGGUGUUGAUGGCACCUGCUUCUCUGAUGAUCUGAGUGCCAGAUUCCACUCCCACCGGCUGGAGUCCUCUUCCUCAGGAGAAAUAAUGAGCAUGCUUGAGGGCCAUCUCCAGACUGCUGAACCACCCCUGGUUGUGUCAACAUCAACUGUUACAGCACAUUCCUCCUGUGCAGGGAGGGAAUGCAGCCUUGGGACUAGUAUGACCUUUCCAAAAAUACGAACACCCAAUACACCAAGAGACAGUAUUCAACUGGCCAAGAGACAUCACAGCCAACCACAGCCAGGGGCUAAUUCCUUCCAUCAUGUAAUGCACUUAGAGACUAGCACUUUCCAGCCCAUAACAGACCCUCCAGCCUGCCAUGGGCUCGUGGAGGAGACAGAUAUUGAUGAUGAUGGAGUAUUGGAGAAGAUGGAUACAGAAUGUGGACUGCUGAGGGAAGAAGCUAGAGCGUGUGAGGACUUACCUGCAGGGCAGAGAGAAGCUGUGAGUUCUGAGGCUGGCAUACUUGACCCAGGAGGUAAACCUCCAACACCACCGCUGCACAGAUUCCCAUCAUGGGAGAGCCGAAUCUAUGCUGUGGCCAAGUCUGGCAUGAGGUUGUCUGAAGUGGCCAUGGUGAAUGAUACUUCCAGAUGCUUUUCCAAUUUCUCGUGUUCAACUUCUGGGCCAUUUACCUGUCUUAUCUACAGAAACGUCACUGUGCCAGUCUACACUACACUGAAGGGGAAAGCCACACAGAUCAGCAACGUGCCUUUCUUAGAUGAAUCUUCAGGAUCUGAUGAUGACUGUGGCUCCCAUGCCAGCUUAAGGACUUCUACUGCUGGAUCCGAGAACAGGAAAGCUAGCAUGCCAGGCAGCCCUCGUGCAGUGAAAAGAGGUGUAUCUAUGUCCUCACUGAGCUCUGAGAGUGACUAUGCCAUCCCUCCUGAUGCCUAUUCCUUGGAUGAUGACUAUUCAGAGCCAGAACAUAAGCUACAGCGAACAUCUUCCUAUUCCACUGAUGGUGGCAUCUGCACUGAACCCAUGGAGAAAUCAGGUUACUUGCUCAAAAUGGGCAGCCAGGUAAAGAUGUGGAAGAGACGAUGGUUUGUUCUUAGAAACAGACAAAUCAUGUACUACAAGUCUCCGAGCGAUGUUAUCCGCAAACCACAAGGGCAGAUGGAGCUGAAUUCCUCAUGCCAAAUUGUCAGAGGUGAAGGGUCCCAAACAUUCCAGCUUGUUACAGAAAAGAGGACUUACUUCCUGACAGCAGACUCACCCAACAUCCUAGAGGAAUGGAUUCAUGUCCUACAGAGUAUCCUGAGAGUGCAAGUGACCAGUCCUGUUGGUGUUCCUCACAGUGAUGAUAAACCUACUGUGAAAGGUUGGCUAACCAAGGUCAAGCAUGGUCACUCUAAGCUGGUCUGGUGUGCACUGAUUGGAAAAACUUUCUACUACUAUCGAAAUCAUGAAGAUAAAUGUCCCCUAGGGCAUCUGCCUAUGCGUGAGUCCAAAGUGGAAGAAGUAGACCGUUCCUGUGACUCUGAUGAGGAUUAUGAAGCCACUGGUGGAGGAUUUCUCUCAUCCCACUGUACACUGGUGAUUCACCCACAGGACCAGAGUCCCACAUACUUACUCAUCCGCACCAAACAGGAGAAGAAUACCUGGCUGUACCAUCUGACCGUUGCAGCUGGUAGCAGAAAUGCCACAGUGGGCACAUCAUACGAGCAACUCAUUGGAAAACUACUGGAUGCAGAGGGAGACCCUAAUUCUCCUCUGUGGAAACAUCCCAUGUUGUGCUACAGUAAAGACGGGUUGCAUACAUCCCUCACCACUCUGCCAUCGGAGGCUCUGCAGACUGAAGCUCUGAAACUUUUUAAGUCCUGUCAGCUGUUCAUCAACGUUCCCGUGGAGGCAUCCUCUAUUGAUUACCACGUGUCGCUUGCCCAGACGGCACUGCAGGUCUGCUUGACCCAUACUGAGCUGCAGAAUGAAAUUUACUGUCAACUUGUUAAACAGACCAGCUGCCGACAACCCCAGAACCACUCAGUCAUUCAGUGCUGGCAGCUCCUUGCUUUAUGUGCUCCUCUGUUCCUGCCUCAACAUCACUUCCUCUGGUACAUCAAACAGCACUUGCAGCGACAUGCAGACCCCAGGAGUGAAAUAGGCAAGUAUGCCAUCUACUGCCAGAGAUCAGUAGACCGCACGGUGCAGGCUGGAGAGCGGGAAGCCAAGCCCUCCCGGAUGGAGAUUGUGUCCAUCCUGCUAAGAAAUCCCUACCACCACUCACUCCCCUUCAGCAUCCCAGUGCACUUCAUGAAUGGAACCUACCAGGUUAUAGGUUUUGAUGGUUCUUCAACAGUUGAUGAAUUCAUCCAGCGACUCAACCAGGAGACAGGAAUGAGGAAGCCAUCCCACAUGGGAUUUUCUCUCUUCACAGAUGAUCCUUCUGGCAGGAAUCUGGAACAUUGUUUGCAGGGCAACAUGAAGAUCUGUGAUGUCAUUUCUAAAUGGGAACAAGCCUUAAAAGAAUUGCACCCUGGGAAAUACGAAGGUGGCACAAGAAUUGUGAAGUUGACCUAUAAGAACAGACUAUAUUUUCGGAGCCAGGCCAAAGGUGAGACAGACCGUGAGCGGUUGCUACUGGCCUUCCAAGUCAGCAAUGAAAUAGCCAAUGGAAGGUUUCCUGUUAAUAAGGAAUUAGCUCUGGAAAUGGUGGCUCUGAUGGCUCAGGUGGAAUAUGGGGAUUUGGAUCGAUCAGGAUCUUCAAGUCCUGGGGGAACAUCACAAUUAAAAAUGCAGCAUCUUCUCCAUCAGGUCUUAGAUAAAUUCUACCCCAAACACUACAAGCAAAACAUUACUCCUGAACAGCUCAGGCAACUGACAGACAGGCUGGCAAUGAAGUGGAUGGUGCUGCAGGGAUGCUCUCCACCAGAAUGCAUUCGAAUUUAUUUGACGGUGGCCCGGAAAUGGCCUCUCUUUGGAACCAAAAUAUUUGCUGCUAAGCCUAUUUUGCCUUCCUCAUUGGAAGACUGUCCAGUCUGGAUAGCUGUGAAUGAAGAUGGUAUCAGCAUACUGGAUUAUAACACAAUGCAUCUGAAGGUCUCUUAUUCAUACUCCUCUGUGCUGACCUUUGGAGGCUGUCGAGAUGACUUCAUGAUUGUAGUCAGUCAAAUGAAAGAAAACAGUUCUGGAAAAAAUAGCACUGAAAAACUCCUCUUCACAAUGGCAGUUCCUAAGAUUGUUGAAGCAACACUUCUUAUUGCCAGCUACAUUAACUACCGCUCGUCACCUUCACUCCUGUCUUCUACACAGCCCUCCCAAAGCAAAACACCUGCUAAGAAGCUCUGGGAGACUGAAAAUCGGUGCUUUUUUCCUUCCAUGCCCCGAAGCACUAAGGGGCCCACCCUGCUCUGAGGGCUCAUUCCAAAUGAGCUAUGAUUCUUCUGGUUACACACCACUACUUUAAUGUGGACUCUGAUUCUUUUUCCAUAAUAAUAGACAAAGUUCCUUAGAGGUAGAGGCAGUGUCCUUUCUCUUGGGGGGGAGGGGGAAGUUAUUUUGGGGGACUGUGCAGGAGUUUCCUUUCCAUGACACACUCCAUCCAAAAUACCAUGCCUCAGGUCAUUUACCUGCACAGUGCUCCAGUUACAUUACAUCUGCUCUCUUUCCUUACACUGAUUAUUCCAUCUCGUACCUUUCUGCUUUGCUGUAGAAACACAUACAUUUUCUUUGAUCCCUCACAUUUGCAGCUUGCAGAAGACAGAAACUUUCCAAGUCCUUGCUCCAGACAUGAAAAAAGACAUUACUGAGAAAGAAGAGGAACUAAACUGACAAGAAUAAUUCCAAUGCAAGUCAAGGGUGAUUUUAGACCUGAAAUAGGGGGUAUAGAAUUAGAGUUCAGUGGUACUUAAGAAUGUUUUCAACUUUAAAUGAAAGUGGAAUCCUAGUGUCUUUAGAUGUUGAGGACUCAGAACAACUGAGACUAGAACAGCGUCAGAGCAUGUCAGCUCCUACAGGACUGAUGCAUUUUAGAAGCUGACACUGUUCUACGCAAUAGAUGAACAUUAAAUUGAUGCUGCAGGGCUGAUUGUGUCCCAUGCUCCACUGUCAGACAAGCACUUUCAAGGACUUUCUGCUAAUCACUGUAGAUGUGUUUGAAACUGCACAUUAUCUCAGACAAGGGAAGACAAGACAAGCAAAUUUUGUACUUUUUCUGUCUUCCAGCAACUAGAACAGAUCUUGUUCCCAAAUAAGGUCUGCCAUUCUGACUUGACAGAAGCUGCUCCUUUCAAACUCCUGCUUCCUUCAUGCUACCAUAAGCAAGGAGGAGGUAGUCAGCAAGUGUGUACUCAAGUACUGUUCUUCUGACUUUCCUAAAGAAUUGUGGUAGAUUUAAUUUUUUUAUCUGUUUCAAAGGGACUUUGUUUUGAGAAGGUUAUUGAAGUUUAAACAAGUAAAAGAAAAAUAGCAAUUCUUGAUGAAAAAUCUAAAUCUACGUAGCUUGAGUUCAGCUCUUUUGAUAAGCAUUCUAAAAAAGCUAAGGAAAAAUAACUGUACUUUCAAAAGUACCAUGUGCAACUUCAUAAUAAUUAUGCAUUCCUGGGCAAAUUUCCCAAAUUAAAACAGUGUGAACCCAACCACUAGAAUGAAUUCAGUAAUAGCAAACCAAAGCUAUGAACAAAGCAAAUGAACAAAACAACCAUACCAGUGUUUUUAGUACCUGCCACCAACCUUGAAACAUCCAACUAAUGCACACAAGGGAGCUGAUACAUCAAGCUGAUACAUUUUUGUUUCAUGCUUAGGUGGGGGCAAAGCCACAAAUUAGGAGUAUGGGACAGACAAAAAUUGUUCUUUGUAAUACAAAACAAAACAAACAAAAAAUAAAAUAAAAAAAAUCCCCAAACAAACAAAAACCCAACCCCAAACCACCCCAUGGUGGGUUAUGGAAACACUAUGGCAGACAUAAGACAGGAAAAGAUUGUAUGAACAGUGACCUGAUUUGCACAUACUGUAAUGUUGCCACUUGCUAUGAAUUUAAAGACCAUCCCUUGAAGGUACAGAAGAGGGUAGCUUUCUGAGCCAAAAAUAAUUUUAAGAAGGUAUUUAGUCUUUUUUGUUUUCCCUUUGAUACUUUUAAGCGACUGUAUAUCCUGAUAGUAGUUUGUAUUUCCUCUCUCUCUCACACACACACACAGAGUGAUCUCAGUAUAGUUAUGUCAGUUUGAAUACAUGAAGUAUUAUUCCUCCUCACUCACACCUGUGCCUAACAAGUUCUCCUGUAUCUGAAGGUCUGUUUGGCAGCCUGCUUCUGGUAUCCCACCAGUGACAAAGCUGCUUUAGAAUAGGCUGAAGCCGUGGGAUGUCCCAGCUGUCAUCAGCGCUGGAGGUGCUCAAGGCAUAGAAGUCUCCAGUUCACAGUUCAGAGGCUGUAUUUCCUUACAGUGUUAACACUCAUGUCCUCAGAGACUCAUACCAGGGUAAACAGGAAGCAGAGAUGUUAAAUAAACAGGAGCUGUCCUGAAGCUCAUUAUUUUCUGCCAUAACUGCACUUUAAACUGAGAAGCGUGACAUAUAGAACUUCUUUUCCUUCCUUAUUUCUUAAAAAUAUUCACGAAUACUUGAGUAUUUCAGGGACCACCCCACUCUGAUGGAUGCAUACACCCCUCCUAUUUAUAGCUUACCUGUCUUCAAACAAACAACCCACCCAGUGUAGAUAUCUGUUUUGUAUGAUUCUUUGGUAGAGAAAACAGUUUUUUAUUUUAAUCAAUGCUUUUGACUAUUGAUGGAGCAUAGAAUGAGACGACAAAAGCCUUUGUUUUCCUAACUGCUGUGUGUAUAUAGAAGGCUGCCUGGAAUAUACUGUGAGAUUUCUGUUUGUUCUUAAUAAAAUGCAGCUAUCAUGAA